UGCGACCUGGGACUACUCCGGAGUGAUCUCGGCAAUGAAGGCGUCAAAAGUCAGGGUCUUUGUGGUCUUGGCCGGGAGUUUCGAAGCAUCCGUCGCAGGAAAUCUCACAGGCAACCAAUUCUCGUGGUUUGUGUCGAACGGCCUUUCAAGACCUACCAACAUGCAGUCUAUAAACUCGUUGUUCGUCACGCCACCAAUCCGGAACUCAUCGCUGAUCACCGGGGCAUUCGUCGAUCAAGCAGGUCCAGUUCUCACAUCGAUAUCAAGUACCCAAUGGAUCAAUCUGAACAAAACAUUCAACUAUGACGCUAACGGAUAUUUGUCAAUGACCACUGCCUCGGUUCUCAGCCCGCUAUCGUACGACUGUGCACUGUUGAUUAUAUCGGGCUGGGACUAUUUGUUGAAGAACAAUCUGGCGACAGCAGCUCAGAUUAGCCAAAAUCAGGUACCCUAUGGGCUUGUGAAUGUCUCGGUGUUCAACACGACGAAUGGGGCAUCUGGACAGAUCUAUCUCAACGUCGCAGAGAUUCUAAGCAAAGAUUUCACACGACCAAGCGCCUACUGGGGAUUAAUCAUGAAGCAAAUAACUGCACACAAAGCGAUGAACUAUUCCUUUGAUAUCAUUGACUACACAGUCCCGACAAGUCCAAAUGUGACUCAAGCCAGUUUGUAUGCAAUCUAUAUUCGAUCUGGAUCCAUCCCUGGUGACUAUCCUGUCAAUGUCGUCAAUCCACUCAGCUCCGAUGUCCAGUGGGCCCGCAUCAUCGGGUACAUCGGUGUGGCCCUUUGUGUGGUGCUGUUUGUCUUUGUGGUUGCGAACUACCGAUCAAAGUCCGUGGCAAUCUAUGGACUCGUCAACACAGCAAGCGCCCUCCUUGGAUGCGCCCUUGGUUUCUCGCUUCCGAUCGUUCAGAACCCACUCCCAGAUGCAGCCAACUGUAUCCUCUCGGAGUGUUGGGGAGUGAUCUCGCUGACACUGUUGCACUACUUCCGCAAGAACAGCAACUUGGCCAAGAAGAAGCCGGUGCCUGCAUGGCACACCUUUAUUGUCCUGACAUUUGUUCUCAGUCUUCAAGCUAUUCUCCUUCCGUCACAUCUAAUGACCGUGCCAAGUUUGAUAUACAACAUCCAACUCGACGAUGUCAAUGUAUUCAUCGCCUGUACCUCGUCCGAUUCGGGAAUCAUCGUUGAAGUACUCACAGCAAACAUCAUCAAUAUAUUCCUUGUCGUUUCCGGAGCGUGCCUCUGCUUUGACGGCCUUCUUGGCUCCAGGCGCAUAAACGAAGUUGUUUGCUCCUUCUUCCUGCUUCUGAGCGUCGUUUUCUGGAAUGUUGCCUUCUUCGGAAUCCUCUCCGUUCCGGAUCUUGAAGUGUUUUACUUUGAUAUCGUUGCUGUGAAGCAGUUCAUAGUGAGCGGCUCUAUUGUCGUGUUCACGCUGCUUCCAAUAUUCCUGAGUAUGAAAACCCAAGAUCCAACCCUCCUCGUUGGUGGUGGGUCAGGGAACGCCAGAACUCUUGUGUCAAGAACAAUCAGCAGUACAAUCAGCGAGGUGGUCGGGUCGUCCAAGCCCAAGAUCAGCGAUACAGAGGGAAAAAUGCUUGUCGUGCCAAAGGUUAUGGUGUCUACUGCAAAGAGAUUCAACCCAAGAUGGUCGGACCUUGGCACGCACACAAUGUAUCUGAUGGAAAACAGCUUUAUGUACCUGUGCAAUGCAAACCACUCUUCGGCCGAUCACAGCUUCAAAAUCAUCUCGCUCCAACGAUCGUGCGUCGAGUUUCAGAGAACGUUUGCAAGGGACCGAGACUGUAUCCGAUUCACUGUCACCACGCCAUUCGAGAGCCUUCGUAUCGACAUGGACAGUGGCGCUGGUGUUGUUUUGUUCAACUUCUGUAACUGCGACGUGAGCAUCACGGUCGCGGGCCAGAUUGAGUCUGAAUCAGCGUCGGGCAUUUAGAGUAGGAAGUUGCGGCUUUCGCCUCGCAUCUCUGUGUCCGCUUCCGCUUCGCUCCGAGGCUGUCCCUAUUCGAAAAACUCGGAUGAAAGCGAUUCAGCGCUUACAAAAAAUGGGACACUUUGCGCCUAUCGCUAUGCUUGGAAUGGUAAUAAAUGCAUAUCCA